GUGCAUGCCUGCUUCCUCUGUCUCAAUGCCUGCCUGUCAGUCAGGAGCUUCUUAAUCCUCCUGGUUUAGCGCACAAACCACAGUGGGAGAGUUUGAAAGCAACAACAGACAUGAGCGUUACCAUCGAGGAGAGGGGCAGGCCCAACACCCAGGACUACAGGGUGUUUUUCAAAAACUCUGAGGGCAAAUACAUCUCUCCGUUCCAUGACAUACCCAUCUACGCAAAUGAAGCAGAGAAUAUUUUUCAUGCCGUUGUGGAGGUUCCAAGAUGGACAAAUGCAAAGAUGGAGAUUGCGACCAAAGAUCCUCUCAAUCCACUGAAACAAGACAUGAAGAAGGGGAAUCUUCGUUAUGUAGCUAAUGUCUUUCCUCACAAAGGCUAUAUCUGGAACUAUGGCGCUAUUCCACAGACAUGGGAAGACCCCAACCACAAGGACAGCGACACAGGAUGCUGUGGAGACAAUGAUCCUAUUGAUAUAUGUGACAUAGGAAAUAAGGUGUGCUCUCGAGGAGAAAUAAUCAAAGUGAAGGUUUUGGGAACUCUGGCUUUGAUCGAUGAGGGUGAGACAGACUGGAAGGUCAUUGUGAUCAAUAUUGAGGACCCUGAAGCCGCCGACUUUAACGAUAUUGAUGAUGUAAGACGACUUAAGCCUGGAUACCUGGAGGCGACUGUUGAUUGGUUCAAAAGAUACAAAGUCCCAGAUGGGAAACCUGAAAACCAGUUUGCUUUCAACGGAGAGUUCAAGGACAGGGACUUUGCCAUUAAAACAGUCAAGAGCACCAACAAGUUUUGGAUGGCACUGAUUUCUAAGAGGACCAAUGCUGGCGAAUUAAAUUGCAUGAACACUAGUGUCUCAGAUAGUCCAUUCUGCUGCUCUGCUGGGGACGCAGAGGCUGUGGUUAAGUCUGCAUGUGCUUUUGGAGCCGAAGAUCCCAUUCCAAGUUCAGUCGACAAAUGGUUCUACGAUGAGAAGUAAGAGGAAAGUCCUGAGCAAAAACAUCCCUUCCUUCAUUUCUUUCUUCAUCAUCUGAUUUCAACACAUCAAAGCAGUGCACAAACUGGAUGGAUUGGAUUUAUGUUUUAAUGUAUGUCACCGAUACUUGCUUCUUCUUUGUUCAGACUUGAAUGUCUAGUGCUGUCAAAACUGCUUGCUGUGUGAUUGUGACACAAUUACAUUUUAAAUAUUGGAUAGUAGCCUAUAAUUCCAGGCUUGGAAGAACAUAACAAUAAACUACACUUAAUCCCA